AUGGAUCAUGAGGAUGUUAUGAUGGGGACAAUGAAUCUUCGAAGAAGCCUAUCACCUUUACAUGCGGAAUGUGAAGCCUUGAUUUGGGCGAUGAAGUGCAUGAAGAAUCUGCAAUUCUCAAACGUAGUAUUUGCAACGGAUUGUUCUCAACUGGUGAAGAUGGUAUUUUCACCUAACAAAUGGCCAGCUUUUGCUACACAUAUGGAAGAAUUUUCUCGCAGUAAGACCUUCUUCCCUACCUUCAAGAUCAGACAUAUUCCAAGGACACAAAACACAAUGGCGGACAAGUUUGCACACGAUGCGAGGAGUUCACCUUCAGCUAAGUUAUAUGUCGAUUCCCUACCUUCGGUUUGGCUAUCUGAACCGGUGGUCUCUUAA